AUGGCUGACCGAUGUCGACCGCGUGCAAAUUCUGCUAAAAGCGCUGGGCCACAAGAAUAUGCUCAACUCCGAGGUCAAACAUCCCCUGCCACCCCGGAAAGCAAGAUUUAUACUGAACUGGUUGUACUAUUGAAGGAAACUUUUGACCCAACUAAGUCAAUCUACAGACGACGACAUGAUAUUCUGAUGACCCGACUUCCUUCUGAAAGACCAACUGAAGAAAUUGUCAACCUAGCCAAUCUUCGCGGCGAUGAGUUUUCAUUCGGAGACCUUACUCUUGACACUUUCAAAAUAUUUCUGAUGCUGCUAUUUUGUUCUGACCUCUUCUACAAAAAUAUUCGUACUGUUAUUCUAAAGGCUGUUGACGACGAUAAACCUGAUAUUACUACUGAAGAAAUUAGAUGUCUUCUGAAACGAUACGAAACCCGAACGGUUGAUGCUGAAAUCGACAGUAAUUCUGCGGCAGUUAAAGAAGAAAUUUCUGCCACCCAAGUGAACCUCGUCAGGAAAAAGAAACCUGUACAGAAACUCAAUUUCCACGCCAACUCUUCUCCUUCCGCUAAGGAACCCCGAGGAGAAUGUUAUGGCUGUAACGGUAACCAUCUGCGUUCUAUAUGCAAGUUCCGGACCGCCAAAUGCCACAACUGCCAGAAAGUUGGUCAUAUUGCAUCCGUUUGCCGAUCGAUAAAGUCCAAGCCACAUCUUCAUUCCGUGCUCGUUAAUUGCGUCCUUAGUGGAGUUGACCUUACUAAGGGAGAACAUUCGUUACUGCUUCUGUGA